AUGAAGUAUAUACAAAUUUUUGCUGUUAAUGAAAAGUUUAAAUUAUAUGUUAAAUAUAUCAGAAAAUGUGAUAAUAAGUGGGAUGAUUUAAAAGAUAAAGGUGGUUUAAGUUUAAUUAACAAUGAUUUUUUAUUUGAUGUUAAAGAUAUUUUUCCUGGAAUCAACAAUACAGUUUACUUUGGCAAAAAUCAAGUUUCUAGACAACCUUAUAAAGAGAUGAUUCUAUACUUGACUAAAGAUUUUUAUUAUUUCACUAAAUAUGGAAAAGAACUUUUAUACAAAGCAUUAGAAGAAGAUAAUGAUCUCGUUAUAGAGAUUGUGUACUAUAUUUUAUUUUCGGACAAUACACUUGAAGAUAAACUUGAAGAGAUUGAAAAGAGAAUUAAACAAGUUGAAGAAAGUACAGAUAAACUUGAAGAGAUUGAAAAGAAAAUUAAACAAAUUGAAGAAAGUACAGAUAAACAUUUUCAGCUUUUAAUGGAAAAGUUAAAUAAAAUUAAGUUAUUAUAA